AAGGCUGCCACUUUGUCAGCUCCCUUGCAACCGCGCCAUGCAGCUGUCCCUCGAUGAGCUACCAUCGACAGAUGACUCAGGGAAAGAUGUGGUCCAGAUGUAUAAGAUCAUCGUUGCCCCAGGCGUUUGCAGCCUCAGACCAUCAAAUCCACAAAGAACGCCCAGAUACAGACGACUCAGAUCUUUGCCUGUUCCACACCGCGGGCUAGAAUUUACUCCGCACUCACAAGCCUAUCUUAGUGUCUCUGUUCCCCACCAUCUUGCGCCGUAUCUCUCUUUAUUUCCAGUCCUCUAGCAGUCGCCUGCUUGAGGCGCACGACAUAUUUUCAAGAUGCCGACCUCCUCGCGCGCAUCGAUCAGCUCAGCUACCCGAAAUCCUAUGUCAAGCCUAGGAAACCAGAUAGGUGCAAGGGUACGAACGCUUGCGAAUGUUGGCCAGCCGAACAUCGAGUUCGUCAUGGAUGACAGCGACGGACCCCGCCGUAUAAUUCCAAGCUACUCUACUAUGGAUACUAUCUCCGGAUAUGUAGCCAUCACUGCACAAGCCGAUACCCAAUUUGAGGACAUCGAUAUUGCUUUCGUAGGCACAAGUCACACUUUUGUCGACAGAGUCACCACGUCGCCCUCCAUAACGGGACGAGCGGAGAGCAGCCACAGAUUCCUUACGCUACGACAACCACUUGACCACACCUGCUUCCCAACACCAAGGAUCUUUGAGGCUGGAAAAACGUACAAGUUUCCGUUCACCUUCAACAUCCCAGAGAGACUGCUACCCAGGGCAUGUACCCACGAUGUAGUAGCAGAUCACGUUCGCGACCAGCACCUGAUGCUUCCUCCAACAUUCGGCGAUCCAGACUUGUCAGGAUUCGGAAGCACUCUUCUUGAUGAUCUUGCGCCAGACAUGUCGAAGAUUAUCUACGGGGUGAAGGUUCGAAUCGCUCAACGAGGGAUCUCGGACAACAUCCAUAUCCUUGCAGAGCGAGUAAAGAAAGUCCGUGUCAAGCCCGCUUUUGACGAACAAGCGCCACUCAACAUCGACAAUAACACAGAAUACAAGCCUAAGCAAGAAAAGACAAUCAAGAAGGGGUUUUUCAAGGGCAAGCUUGGCACCUUGACUGCUCGCACCAUGCAACCGAAGCCCUUUAAUAUCCCAGGGGCACGCACCUCCGACAACAAACCAAUCACUACCAUAGCUAAGCUGGUACUGCGGUUCGAUCCUGCGGAAGAAGGAGCGCAGCCGCCAGCGCUGGGCUCACUGCACACAAAGCUCAAAGUAACGACCUACUAUGCCACGACACCUAGGCAGAACUUGCCCUCCCGCACACACCUGACAUAUGACGUGUCACAGGGUAUCUACGCCGAGAGUGUGGCGUUGAAUAGUUUGUGCAUUUCCAAGGCCAAGUGGGAGGCGCAUACGGCUGCUUCGAACCCCGCACCUGAAAGCUUCACACGCCGUGAUUCCGGCAUCUCAGACUGUUCUACGGCGAGCGACUCGGCGAACGCAUUCGCGACCGGUGUCCUCGUGCCUUCCAGCAACUACAAAAACGGUACUUUCUAUACCGCACAGAUUCUAGUACCUGUCACUUUGACUGAAAAGAAGAACUUUAUCCCAACGUUCCACACGUGUCUCAUCUCGCGCAUCUAUACACUUGGCCUACAAUUCGCUCCAGAGGGAGGAUCAAGCUUCAAUCUGAAAGUUCCGGUCCAGAUCUGCGCUGACGGCAGCGAUACUGGCAUCGAGAACGCACGAGCGCGCAGCGUUGAGGCAGUCAUGUACAGAGAGGCUGGAGACGUUUUCACACCUAGAAGUAUUGCGCCUCCAAACUUCGACGGUUCACCAAGCACUGCCCAUGUGAGGGAUGAUUUACCGCCCGAAUACUCGAGUGCUGCGCCUGCCACUGUGGCGCUUAGAAUGAGGGCUUCGAUUUGAGCCCUGAAUGGAGGCUGGUCCUUCAUGAGAUAGAGCACUUUUCUCGUACUAUGAUUUCGGAUACCCAUUUUCAUUGGCUAAAUUUCGCGCUGGU